AUGGAUCUUGCCGAUAGUAUACUAUCUGACAGCGUAUGCUCGUCCAUAUCCCUCCCCACAUCUUUUGAUAUUGUCGCCCUUGAUGAUGCUGUAGGAGACUCUUGUAGUACAUUGGACGAUUCUUUUCUCAGCAUCAGUAGCGUUAAGACUGAGACGGAUAAUCUCAAAUUGACAUUAAAUGACCCAAUUUCUCGAUCUAGGGGUCGCAUUGACGCAGCGUACCGGAUGAUAGAAAAGUACGCAUACGACAUUCGGUUCGGCGUCGAGGUUUCGCAUGAGCAUGAGGCAUACCUCGACUCUUUACACAGAGGGAUUACGGAGCUAAUAUCCAGAGUCCAGAAGGACCUUUACGCGACCGAUCAACAAAGUUUGGGUAAUUCACUCCUUACCAUCAACGAGGUCAAUGAGCGCACGCAGGCAACACUGUCCACAAUGGCCUCCAAGCUUGACAGCGCUUUGUCGAUACUCCAUUGUCGACGCCGGAGUCAGACCCUGGAUACAGAAGAAAAUGGUACCCUGAAUCCUUCAAACGCGCGAAUAAGCUGGUGCCCUAUCGAUAACGACGACGGAGAUGAAGCGCUUCUCAACAUGAUUACUAGCCUUCAUGAGGAGCUCCAUAUUGAAGAAGACUUGGUCGUAGACUCCGCAGGGACUCCAGCAUCUGAAAAAGUGGUACCUCAGUGGUGCUUCCAUGCAGAGCAGGACAAAAAGAACCUUGGAAGACCAUUCCAAUGGUUGUAUACUUUUCUAUCUCGGUCAUAA